UUAUCCCUGCCUCCACAACUCAAUUUUGGGAGGGGAUAUAAUACAUACAUAGAUGUACAAAUGCCUUCCAGAUAUAUUAUAGCUAUGAAAGUUCUUUGAGAGAACUGUGGCAUUUGUGGUGGUCUUUUAAAAAUAUUCAUAGAUGUUUAGCAGGUGAAGUAUAGGAUGGAAGAAGUCCAAGCACUGGAAAGCUCAGUGUCUGUGUUCUGUGGUUUAGUUUGGCUGUAGUGCUGAGGAAUAGGAGAAGGAUAAUUAGAAAUUAUAGAAAUAAUUAGACUACAAGAGGGGGAUGAUGCCAUAUUGUUAGGUUCUUGAAUACCAACCCUGAGGUAAAAAUUCAUGAACCUCAGAGUUAGGAAAGAUCUUCAGUCAUCUCACUUCAGUCCCCUAAUUGUACCCAUGAGAAAACUUAAGUCCUGGAGUGAUGAUAUAGUACGGUGUUAGUGAACCUAUGGUGUGUGUGCUGGAGGGGGAUGCUCCUCUCCCCUUCUCUACCACUGAGAACAUUUCUCCCAUCACCUGCCCCUCUGCCCAGCAGUCCAAUGGGAGGGCUUCCUCCCUCCCCUGUCUGGGGUAAAGCAGCGACUCACAUGCAGCAUGAGGGUUGCAGUUUGGGCACUUAGUCUCUAAAAAGUUCACCAUCACUCAUAUAGUAGGAAUCCACAAUUAGUACCUAGAGAUAUUUGAGCAGCAGUGUUAUCAGAUCUGUGGCUAAGAAAAAUUAAUCUGUUAGCAGUAUGAAAGAUGGAUUAGAAGAGGAUUGUUGGACUUGAACUGAAAUAGUCCUAGUAUUGGUGUGAUUCUGAAGGCCUAUAUUAAGAUGAUUAUAGUGGAGAGUAGAGAAACGGGAAUGUGCUAUCCCAUUUGAUGUUUACAGCAACCUUCUGAAGUAUCUGCAUUUUACAGAUAAGGAAACUGAGGCCCAUGGUCAUCCAGUUAAAGCAAACUCAAGUCCUCCUGACUCAAAGCCUAGCAUCUUCUCUCUAGUGUGAACCUGAAUGUCUUGAGUCAUGAGAAGGAAACGUUGGCCAAGAAAAGAUGACUAGGCACAAGAGAUCAGAGCCCUCAAAGACAUGGCCUACAACACUUUCAGGUUCUGCCCAAACAACAUUAAAAGUUUUCAGAUCCAAGUUACGGACAAAAACUCAUUCGGAUUAUGUAUUUCUCAGCUAGACGACAUAAAUUUUAACAAUGGAUAAAUGCAAGCAUGUUGGGCGGCUGCGGCUUGCUCAAGAUCAUUCUAUCCUCAAUCCCCAAAAAUGGCACUGUGUGGAUUGUAAUACUACAGAUUCAGUGUGGGCUUGCCUCAGCUGUUCUCAUGUGGCAUGUGGAAGAUACAUUGAAGAACAUGCACUCAAGCACUUUCAGGAUAGUAACCACCCAGUAGCGUUGGAGGUGAAUGAGUUGUAUGUUUUCUGUUAUCUUUGUGAUGACUAUGUUCUUAAUGAUAAUGCAACUGGUGACUUGAAAUUAUUGCGGAGUACACUGAGUGCAAUCAAAAGUCAGAAUUAUGACUGCACUACCCGGAGUGGAAGGAUUUUACGCUCCAUGGGUACCAGUGAUGACUCUUAUCCUUCACAUGAUGGUGCCCAAGCUCUCCUUCGAAAUGAAGAUCAAAUGUUCACUGCUCUUUGGCAUAGGAGGCGGAUGCUAAUGGGCAAAGUAUUUAGAUCUUGGUUUGAACAGACUCCCAUUGGGAAAAAGCGAUUAGAAGAAGAAAGGCUUCAGGAAGAAGCAGAAGCAAAGAGAGAAGAAGCAAGGAGAAGACGGCAAGAACUGAAGCGUCAGUUUAAGGCUGAAAUGGAGAGGAUGCCUCCAAGGAAAAGUUCACGUUUGCAAGGCCUUGCUCGAUCUGCCAUUGUGGAAAUGCUCCCAUUAAAGAAAUUCACUCAGAGCCCGGCAUCACCAGUGACUGGCAAAAAAUCGUCUACCUCACAUGAAAUAAGGUUAAGAAAACUGAGCGACUCCCCUGUCAAAAGAAGACCAACAGUUACUCCUGGGGUGACAGGAUUGAGGAAUUUGGGUAAUACCUGCUAUAUGAAUUCUAUUUUGCAGGUAUUGAGUCAUUUACUUAUUUUUCGGCAAUGUUUCUUAAAAUUGGACCUGAACCAAACUCAAGAAUUGCUGGCUACAGCUGCUAGUGGGAAGACUAGAUCUUCUUGUAAACAUCCACCAGUUAUAGACUCCAUGUUUCAUAUAAAAGAAAGUCAAGAAAAAUAUAGAGGCUCUCCUGGGUCAAGACGCCCAAGUCUUUCUUCAGGCUUAAGUGGUGGGGCAUCUAAAAGCAGGAGCAUGGAGCUUAUUCAGCCCAGGGAGCCAAGUUCUAAAUACAUUUCUCUUUGUCAUGAACUACAUACUCUUUUCCAAGUGAUGUGGUCUGGAAAAUGGGCAUUGGUGUCCCCAUUUGCCAUGUUACAUUCAGUGUGGAGGCUGAUACCAGCGUUCCGUGGUUAUGCCCAACAAGAUGCUCAGGAAUUCCUCUGUGAACUUUUGGAUAAAGUACAGCAUGAACUAGAGACCACUGGUACCAGGUAUCCAGCUCUCAUCCCCAGUUCUCAAAAGAAACUUAUCAAACAGGUUCUAAAUGUGGUGAAUACCAUCUUUCAUGGACAACUUCUUAGUCAGGUUACAUGCCUUGCAUGUGAUAACAAAUCAAAUACGAUCGAACCUUUCUGGGACCUGUCACUGGAGUUUCCGGAAAGAUACCACUGUAAUGGAAAAGAAAUGGCUGCCCAGUAUCCCUGCUUGGUUACAGAAAUGCUGGCCAAAUUCACAGAAACUGAAGCUUUAGAAGGAAAAAUUUAUGUGUGUGACCAGUGUAACACAAAGCGCAGGAAAUUUUCUUCAAAACCAGUUAUACUCACAGAGGCCCAGAAACAGCUUAUGGUGUGUCGGCUGCCUCAGGUUCUGAGACUACACCUUAAACGAUUCAGGUGGUCAGGGCGUAAUCACAGAGAGAAAAUAGGAGUACAUGUUGGUUUUGAUGAAAUUCUCAACAUGGAGCCCUACUGCUACAGAGAGUCUUUAAAGUCCCUCAGACCAGACUGCUUCAUCUAUGAUUUGUCUGCUGUUGUCAUGCAUCACGGGAAAGGUUUUGGCUCAGGACACUACACUGCAUACUGCUACAAUUCUGAAGGAGGGUUCUGGGUCCACUGCAAUGACUCCAAGCUCAACAUGUGCACUCUGGAAGAAGUGUGUAAGGCCCAGGCUUACAUCUUAUUUUAUACCCAACGAGUUCCUCAGGAGGAUGGACAUUCUAGACUCUCAGCUCCUGAAUUACUGCCUCCUAGCCCACAGCCAGCCAGGGAAGAAGCCAGCCCUCUUCUGAGUGCAAGGAGCUGAUCCAAAGACAGCAACUUACUGUUUGGCUUGGGGCACCAUGCUUUGAAUCCAGCUGAGGUAGGGGGCUUGUUUUGUACUUUCUCUUGUGAAUCAGUGUACACUAUGUUUAUAUAUUUUGUAUCUAGGUAAGCAAAGCAUUCUUUUUACAGAAACAAAGUUGGUAUAAAUUAACACUUGUAUAUUGACAGUAGGUAACUUUUAAACCUUUUUUAAAGUACCUGGAGUUUUCUUAUACAGCUGUUUUGUUUGGUUUUUUAAAGAGAAGAGUCAUUUAAAAUUUUUAAUGUUACCUCAGACUGGUGUUUGUUCUUUUUUAUCUUUAUCUUGUGGUUUUUGUUUCUUUUUAAAUCAUGGAUUUUUAUGAGACUGUCACUAAAAUUCUGGUUACACCAUUUUAUGUACACUUGUUAUUGCAUGCCUUCUUAAAGGCUAUUCCUACAGGGCUCAUUCUUUUAGACCAUUUCACCAAAAAAGGGUUUCUUUUUGGCCAGGUAUAAAUUAACAAAGCAUUUGUUUCUAUUCUACAAAAUUUAUCAAGCACUGCCAUAUAGGAGACUCUGGGAGUUACAGAAACAGGCUGUUCUUGGCCUCAGUCACUUGGAAAAUUAAAUCCCUCCUCACAGAUUAGUGGUUGGCUUCCCCAUCCCCAUCCAUCCCAUCCCCUUAACAGGGCUUUUCUUACAACUUGUUUUAAGAAUAGCUCCCUUUUGGUUAUAUUCUAAACAGCCAAGUUAAGUGACUGCAGGCCCUACUUGAGAUAGAUCUGGCGCUACUGAAAUGUUUUAUUUUGAGAGCAAAGGAGAAUUGUUCUUGUCCAAAUAAAAAAAGGUAGCUUAUAAAACUUUGUAUAUUGAAAUAAGCUAGUCUUGUGCAUACAGGGAAGUAGAUAAGUAUGGCAGCAGUGCAGGGUUAGGUCUUAGUAUCUUAUUUGAACGAAAUGAUUUGUUGUCAGCAUAAGCAUAAACUUCCUGCAGCCAGAAAAUGUGAAUUUAGUGAGCGCUGUGCAGAGAUCUUGAGACAAAGCAUAAAUAUGGUUUCAACUGCAAGCAUCAACAGUCCUCUCCAUUUCUUUACUUGGAAAAAUUAGACCUCCUAAGGAAGCUCUGUAGGAUAGGCAUCUUUUUUUAGUUCAGAUGAAUAAGAAUGGUAACGUUUUGAAAAGGAAGUUGCACAGGGCAUGGGGUUGAAGGAAGGAUGAUCAUUCAAAAUGUAUGCUCCAGAAUCAGCGUAUCAUUACAUGCUGAACUUAGCAUUUUCCCUCAAGUCUACGGAGUGGAUUAUUUCUUCCCUUGCCCCAAGUAUCUCAAGCUGGGGUUGUACAUGAUGCUGCUCCAAUAGCAUAAGCCCUAAUUAAUUUGAUGCAAGUUCCAUAUCUUUUAAACUAGGUUUCUCUUUUUAAAAGUUAAUGUGUUUUAAGGGGCCUAAACUACUAAGUUUGUUGUAUCUCUCUUUUCAAGGGUAGACUUAUAGGCCCAUUAGGCCAACUUCCCUUCUGCCUUGAAAUUAAUAUACCCCAUGUUUUUCUUUCAAAAGUUCUCAUUUUGCUGCCUCUUAAGGAAGGGUAAGAUGUGACCUAGCCUAGUUUUAAAUCUUAUAUAUACAGUUGUGCUCUCUUUUGGGAGUGCUAGCCUUAAGCACAGGAGGAAGACAAAAUACCUCCCCACUACUACCACUACACUGUUAAGAUGUUCUAUGCCUCCAACAUUUCUCAGAAAUUAAUCACCAACGGGGAGGAAUGCCAUUGAAAGAUUUGGGGGCAGUGGUGAUACUUAACCCAACUCCAUGUAAUGAGAAUUUACCACUGAAUAACAAAAGGUUUGUGCCAAAAUACAACUUGAGUAUUAGCUAAAUGCUAGGGUUUGAAAUUGUUUGUUUCAUAAAAACCUAUGCAAGUUGUUACCUCAACUGUUAGAUAAUUAUACCUCAAUAAAAUUUCAUGUGGGCAA